AUGAAUGACGAUCUGUAUGAAAAUGCAAACUACUGUUCAAAAGUAUUCUUCAGCUGGAUCGACGUAUUAUUUAAAAAACGUCGUGCCAAAGGGACAAUUGAAUUAAAUGAUUUAUCGAAAAUUCCAUCAAAUCUUCAUUCAUCAAAUCUAAUUGAUAAACUUGAAAUAAAUUGGUCAAAUCAAUUGAGUUUAUUGGAAAUAACUCGAAAAACGAUUCAAUGGAAAAUGAUUUUCUUGGGAAUUUGUCUUUUAAUAAAAGAAAUCUUCAAUAUAAGCCAACCGUUGCUAUUAAUCUUUCUCAUGGAUUAUUUUCAUCCGUGUUCACAAAUGUCUCUUUGGAAAGCGUGGUCUUUUGCGAUUUCAAUGAUUCUUGUCGCUUUUCUCUCGAGUUUUCUCUUUAAUCAAGCGUAUUAUCAUUUAUUGAAAUUAUCAUUGGAAAUGAGAAUUGCGUAUCAAGGAUUGAUUUUUCGCAAAAUUCUUCGUCUAUCGAGUUUUCAAUUGAAUGAAGUCAAUUCGGGAAAAAUAACAAAUCUUUUAUCAAAUGACGCGUGUCAAAUCGAAAUGGCUUUGCUAUUCUUUCAUCAUUUAUGGUUAUCUCCAAUUGAAAUUAUUCUAAUUGUUUAUUUUUUUUGGUAUUUCAUCAAAUCUUUAUCAUUAAUUGCAAUUGGAUAUACAGUUUUACUUUUGCUCAUUCAAAUGUUGUUCAGUCGAAUCUUUCUUCAUUAUCAAAAUCAAAUUUUACAAAAAACUGAUGAACGAAUCAAAAUAAUGUCGGAAAUUAUCAAAUCAAUGCGAAUUAUCAAAAUGUACACAUGGCAAAUUCCAAUGGAGAAUCAAAUUCAUCGAAUAAGAAAAAAUGAAUUAAUUCAAUAUGGAUAUCGUUUAAUCUAUGAAAGUAUUCAAUUAAUAUUUCAACAGACUUAUAUUGUUUUAACAUUUUAUAUGAUUUAUUCGUUAAUGUGGUUCUUCGAUAUGGAAUUUAAUCCGAAAUUCUUUGCACUUGCUUCUUGUUUACUUUCGUAUAUGAGAACACCAAUUGUGGAAUUUUUUAGUAUUGCAAUUAAAGCAUUUGUCAAUUAUCUGGCUGCACAAAAGAGAAUUCAAAAUUUUCUUUUACUCGAUGAAAUUUAUCGAGAGAAACAAAUCAUUUCUUCAUCAAUUGAAGAAAAUCGUUCGAUAAAUGUUUAUUGUAAUUUAAAAAAUGCUCAGUGGAGUAAAGAUUCGCCGUUUUGUGUGGAUAGUAUUGUAACGGAUGAAUUGAUACAAAGAACAAUUCGAGAGAAAUUUCAGCAAUCAACUGUUUUAACCGUUGCUCAUCGUUUAAGAACAAUUAUUGAUAAUCAAAGAAUAUUAGUUCUUCAUCAUGGGAGAUUAGUAGAAUUUGACACGCCGAAAAAUCUUUUAUCUAAUCCAAAUUCGUAUUUUAGUUCACUUGUGGAACAAACUGGUCCUUUGGAAUCAAAAUUUCUUCGAGAUUUUGUUUUUCAAAAUUGA